AUGACGUCUGAACCGAAUGUGAGUUUGGAAACAAUUAGAGAAUUUGACCGCAACCAAGCUUUCAGCUCUCCCUGUUGCCACAGCAUUGUGAACAUGCUCAGCCGCAUCGUGCUUCCUUUGAUCAAUGAGAUCAGCAUUCCGCCAACAACAUGUUGGCUCAAGAUUAGGUCACCGAGAGGCCGUUCUCAAACGAGAAGAGGAGUUUCUUUGCCUGCAACAACCGGAUAUGCCCCUGGAAGUGCAAAUGCCUCCUUCCCCUUUGUCUUCGAGGAGCAACUCAAUCGAGUCCGAAUGAGCAUGGACACUUUGCAAGCGGAAGUUGGCAAGGCAGUUCGAGAACUUGCAGGUCACCAGAAAACUCUUGUUGACACCCUUGAGCGUCAGCAGCAUGAGCUGAAUGAUAUACGAGCCCAAAGAGUGCCAAUCCCUCCAAGUGCUUCUCAGUCAGUGGCGGCUGCCAAUGAGGAUCGCUUCGGUGCCAUGGGAGAAGCCAGUCCUUUUACUUCUGGACAAGACCCGCCCAUCCAAUUGCCAGUGAAUGCUCAGCAAGGUGCAGGUGGACUUGCAUCGGCGAUGCCAAAUACUGCAGUGAAUGCGAGCUCAAGCACUGGACAUGGGGUAAAAAUUGUCUUACCCGAUGGUACGGAGAUCCCCUUGGGCGGCCAGUCAAAUGCCGCGGGUCCUAAAGUUCCUGGAUCCACACAGCUAGAUGCGCUGCAGAGAAGCGACAAGUGGCUGCCUAGCAUGCCCGUGGUCGAGUCGAAUCGGUGGAAAAGCCGAAUGGAGGAGAUUUUGGGCAUGGAACAGCGGCUCGAUUCAUUUUGCAAUUGGCUAUCUUUGAUUUCAGAGCCAUUUUGCACAGAAGUGAAGUUUUCUGCGACUUCUCCGCUGCCAAUUGACAAGAAAGAUUUGUCAACUGACCAGAUUUCCCGAAGCUCCAGGCUCAUGGCAAUGCUUCGCCAGACCUUCCAGAUGACUCCGCGAGCCAAAAUCAUUCUGCUUGCUUAUGUAGAAGGCCCUGGAGAUAAGAACGGGUAUGAGGCUUUGCGAAGGAUUGUCCAAGAAUACAUGAUCAAGACUCGUGCUGAGUUGAUGCAUUUCCGCACAUCUUUGCUUGGCCGAACUUUCAAAGCUCAAACAGUGACAGAGGUAAUCAAGCAAAUUGAGUUCGAGGAGAGCCGGUACAACAAGCUUGCUCGGAUGUUGCCCUCGAAUGUACCAGCUUCCGAUUUGGCCCUGCUCCCUAGUGAUUUGGUGAUGGUCCUCAUCAAAUCCUUGCCUGUUGGUGUGAGGGAAUAUGUUGUCAUGCAUAGCCCAAGCCAUGACUAUGUGCAAAUGAAAAAUGCCGCUUUGUUGUACGAAGCCAACCAGAGAACUUGGACAGAGAUUGCAGGCAGCAGUUCUGCCACCUACAUGCAUGGAAUGUUUGACACGAAUGACAAGCCGAAAGGAAAGGGCAAAAGCAAAGAUGGUAAGAAAGGAAAGGGGAAAGCAAAAGAUUCAAAUAAAGGUGCAGCUAAGGGCAAUGGUGAAAAGUCAGAGAAGGAAAGGAAUGCCAUGUGUUUCCGAUGUGGUCGCACAGGCCAUUUCUCUUCAAAUUGUCAUGCCAAGAAAGACAAGGAUGGCAAGCCGCUUGAAGGGAAGCCCGCUCCAAAGAAAGAUGGAAAGGGAUCUGGUGAAGAGAAAGGUUCCAGCACAGGUCCUCAGAACAAAGGAAAAGGCAAAGGAUCCAAAGGUAAGAAAGUCAAUGAAAUGCUUGAGCAGCCUGAAGGCGAAUCGUGGCCUACCAAUGGUCCAGCUGAAAGUCAGGGUUCCAAUGGAGAUGGCAGCCGUGCGUCAGCUGCGAAGCAAGCAGCAGCCCCUUUGAAUCCCAUUUUGCCUACUCAGUCUUGGUUUGAAGACACGAUCGUGCAGUUUGAGCGAGAGCAGAUCACAGAAGAGCAGUUCGAUUUGGUCCACGGAUCAUUUCUCAUGGAGUCCACGACUCACCACAGAAGAAAGAAGAAGUCGGUGUUGAGCAGUGAGAUGGCAUGUGAUUUUUUCUUCUUGAACUUGGAUAAAGCAAACAAAGAGUCUUUCAAGUAUCUAAUCAUGGUAGAUUUGACCACUGGAAUGAAAGGCGUGGCCCCUGUCCAGUCGGACAUUCGUUUGUCGCACCGAUGGAUACAGGCCUGGCUUGGCGAAUUCAAUAUGUCCACAGAAUGCCCCGAGCCAAUUGAAAUUAUCACGGACGCAGAAGAAGCUGUUUCAAGUUUCAUGAAAGGUGCCAUCAACCACAUGCCAGCUUCAUUUGUCAAAGCGCCGCCGCAAGGUCACCAGACCAUUGGUGGAGCAGAGGCUGGAGUCCGAGCCAUUAAAGAUGCGUUCAACACUCUUCGGCAAGACUUGCGUGAGAAUGGCUGUGAUGUUUGCGUCAGGAAUCAGACAGCUGUGAAUGUGCCAGCUAGCUUGAAGAAAGAUUGCAUUUCCCGAUUUGAGAAGGCAACGUAUUUGCGACCUGAGUUCAACUCAUUGGGGGAUGUCGUUUGUACUGUCAUUGGAGGGCAAGAACGUUUCUUUGUUUGCAAGAGCUUUAAGAUUGUUUCCCCAUUGGAGUGGGACGUCUCCUUGUCUCCAUCUGUUUUGCAUUUUUUCGACCGGAUGCAGCCUGAUGUUUCCAUUGAAGAUCUCUCCGCAAAGAUGUCUGUGCGACGUUUGAGUGGCAAGCAGAAGCCACCGCCAGGCCUGGGUGAAGCUGAUGAACCCAUCCAGCAGAGGUUUCCAGACUUUCCAGCAAACAGAGAGAAACGAGUUUCGUUUGAUCUUCCAAAGAAUCAACCCAUACCAGAAAGUCUCCCAGUUGAAGGGGGUCAACAUCUCGAUGAGAAUCCACAUGAUGUUCCAUAUUCGCCCAGCCUUGCACCCAGUUCUCCAAAGGCGUUGGACGAGCCAGAAGUCAUCCAUGACAUGGAAGUAGACGACUCUGCUGACGGAAUGGUAGAUCUAAGUGAAUUUGCAGCUGCUGGAGGCGAACCUACAGCCACGGAAGCUAUGGAGUUAGAUUUGGUAACAGCCUUGGAUAACUUUGAGCUUUCGUAUUUAGAAGAGCGUCACAUUGGCAUGUUGCAAUCGGUUUAUCAGAUCCGCGGAGUGAAACCCAAGAGCAGCAAGGCAAACCUUUGUGGGGAAGAAAUUUUACUUUUGUUUCCUGGAUAUGUCAUCAGUGACGCCAAUGGCCAAUAUCUCGACAAAGACCUUGCGUAUGCAGGGAUGCGCACUGAAAUCGAUUCCAUGACCAGUCAGAAGGUUGGCAGACCAAUCCAUGAGCAGGAAGCCCAGCGUCUUGCCAAGCAAUGGCAGAUUAGUAUAAUCACUUGCCGAUGGGUUUGUGUUGAGAAAGAUCCCUUGAAUGUUCGCAUGCGACUAGUUGCACGGGAAAUGGCAAAAGGAAAGAGUUCUGCCCGUGACCUCAUGGUUUCUUCGCCUACUUCCAGCAUUGAAUCUUUGAGAAUCCUCAUUGCAGAAGCAGCAGUCCUGGACCUGGUGAUUCUAGGCCUGGACAUCAGUGCUGCAUUCAUGGCUUCUCCUCUAGGACAUUCAGACACGACUGAAUAUAUCCCAGCAGAUGCCGAGCCCACUGAAUCAACGCAAGUUUCUGAGUUGGAACAAAUUUUGAAACUGAGCCAAAGCCUCGCCGUUGCAGCAGAUGAGUUCACUUUCGAGCUACCCAAGAGAAAUAGGUAUUGGAACAGUAAGUUCAUGGCAGAUUUCUUUGUGAAAGUAGGCCUGGACAUCAGUGCUGCAUUCAUGGCUUCUCCGCUAGGCCAUAAAUGGCUUGAGAACAAGCGGUUUGGCUUGGGUAGAACACUUAAGUAUUUGCAGUUGCCGUUCAAGACCAUUUGGCCCUACACCUAA